GGUUUUUGACAUCACACCCGCCAUGCAGAUUACAACCGCGACGCAGACAAUGUUUUUUUGUAAUCGCUGCCAAUGGGUUGCGGCAGCUCGGUGGCUUCCCAAUACAAGGGUGGCGCGGGCAACUUGAAGACGUGUCCCGCGUGCCCUGCGCGCCCUGUGGAGAACCAGGCGAGCCAAAGUGGCAAAAAACCCAAAGAGUUGCGCAUUUCCUCCACUGCUUUAAAAUUCCUGGCGCAGGGUUCUUCCCCAGAUGUAAGCGCUAUUCAUUACGCUCAUUACGCUCCAGAGAUCGGAUUGAAGAAAGUGGGGAGAGUUGAAGCAGACAACACGCACAACUUCGCCUCAGAAGGAGCUGGCUGCAACGGUGGACACCUUGGCCCAUGGGACAAGGAGGAUUUGAGUUUUGGGCCAAGUUUUGGACCUCUGGAGUUUCAACCUUUCGACCGAGAUAAGAUUUCACGUUUGCCCAUCCAAAAGCCAUGUACUGCAGGUGCACCCUUUGCUGGUUCUCAAUCUUACAUUGUGGGAGGUGUUUUGGCCAAGACGGACAACUGUGAGGUAUAUUUGGGUGCAUUUAGCAGGACCAAAGUUGCAGUGAAGCGAAUCUCCAAGGAACUAUCUGCGCAACCAUUUCAGACACAUGUGAAUGAGGUUCGGUGCUUGCUCCGACUCCAACACGAGCGUAUAGUAAAGCUUCUUGGGGUCUUUGAUUCUGGUGACUCCUUGGACAUAGUUCUGGAGUAUUGCCGGAAAGGUGCUUUGCGCAACUAUGUCACUGAAAACUGUAACCCUGAGCACCUUUUCCAAAUCCUUUGUGAUGUGGCGGAAGCUUUGACAUUUAUGCAUGGUGAAUGGUUUGCGCACUUGGACAUCAAGCCCCACAACAUUUUGGUUGAAGAUGUGGAGCAGGAUUCUGGCUUGCACUAGUCAAAAAGGUACGAAACGCUGGCCUCUUCCCCAAACAGGUCAGGAUUUAGUAGGGGGUUGUCGAACAGAUAGGCGCCAACCGGUGCAAACUUGAGACAUCCAAGGUCAUACAUUGGUAGUAACAAGGGCAUUACUAGGAACAAGAAACUACUAGUAACAAAGGGCAGCGCUGACGCUACUAGGGGCUCCUGGCCCUACUACUAGGAGCAAGAAGCUAGUACGGUGCAAACUUGAGACCAAGGUCAUACGUGGAAAAAUUUGCGAUUUGGGGACUACUACACGUCUCGGGGUUUCUGGCUGCCUGUGUGGCAUCAUGGGAACCCCGGGCUACAGGGCGCCCGAGAUUGACCAGGGUGAAUUCAAUGCUUAUCAGGCCGAUGUGUGGUCACUGGGCAAAGUCGUAGAGUUUGUCGAAGCACAAAGCCUAAGUUUGCGGGGAGUGCAGUAUGCACCAUUUUUGGACAAAUGUCCAAGUUCCCGUCCCCGCAUGUCUGAGUGCUGGACAGUUUUCAGGGCUGGUUUGAAAAA